CGUAAAACUCCAAAGAAGAAGAAGUAUCCAUCCUGGGAACACGUGUUUUUACGACAUGCUGCUGCUGAUCUGCAUUUCCGCACAGUAGACCUAUCUUAGGGACGAUGGCUCUCCGCGUGUUGGAAAUAAUAUUUUUCCUCUAUUUUGCCUCUCACAUUCCCAUUACAUUAUUUAUUGACCUCCAAGCUCUGCUGCCAGGACAAUUGUAUCCCCAGCCGCUGAAAGAUCUCCUGAAGUGGUAUGCAGAGGAAUUCAAAGACCCCAUGGUGCUGGACCCUCCGGCGUGGUUCAAGUCCUUUAUUCUCUGCGAGGCUGUGUUGCAAACGCCUUUCUUUCCCAUUGCAGCGUAUGCUUUUCUGAAAGGUGGCCGUAAGUGGAUCAGGACUCCGGCCAUCGUGUAUUCCACACAUGUAGCCACCACUCUGGUGCCGAUCCUUGCCCACGUGCUUUUCUAUCAGUUCCCUAUGAAACCCUACCCCGGGCCCCAGACUCCGCAGGAGCGCUGGCUGCUGGUCUCCAUUUACGCUCCGUACCUGCUGGUACCUGUGCUGCUGCUCGUCACCAUGCUGCUGUCCUCCACGUACAACUCCAUUUCAUCGACUAAGACCAAUACCAAGAAGAAGAACUGACACUACUGAACUGACUGCUCUUAAACUUUCAGAAUUAAGAAGAUUCUACAUUUCUGAAUGUAGUGUUGUGUAAGUUGUUCUACAAAACACUAAAGGAGGAAAAUGCCAUGGUUAAACCAGCAAGAAUGAGGACUUUUUAUGUGACUCUAUAAUUGAACCCUUGUUUAGAUGUGUUAUGUGCUUUCAUCAUUGCCAAAGUCCAAUUGUUAAGUUUAUAGAUGAGUCUGUACUGAUAUUUUAGAAAAGGGUAAGUGUGCCAAUGGUGGCUCAUUGUUGCCUAUAGUGACACUGGAAUUAAAAGCACUAUGUAGGCUGUAACUACACAGGUCCGAAAAAAUGACGGUGCUUCAUACAGAUGUUUUCGAAUGUUUAUUUGCGUACUCAUUACUCAUUCGACACCUUAGACCCUGUGAACUAUAAGAAAAGCUUUGUAAGAUAUACAUUGCCGUUACUUUUCUAUCUGUCUAUCUAGAACCCACUAACAAACAAUUGAGCUAACAUUAAACAAACCAAACAAACUAUCAAUCAAUCAGUCAGACUUUAUUUAAAUAGCACUUUUCAUACAAAUAAAAAUGCAACACAAAAAUAUCCCCCCCCCCCUCUCUCUCACACACUAAUUUACUCACGAGCAAACAUGAUGCAAUGAGGAGAAGAGAAAAAAAAUAAAACACUAACUCAGAGGCUCUGAUAUAUAUA